CUCAUCGCUGACGCUUCGUUUUUUUCGACUUUCUUUCGUUCGAGUUGAGUUUGUUCGACUGACCUACGACGACGGACGCGACGUCAAAUUUUAAUUGCUACAGCUACAAGCAGGCUUUAGUUUUCGAAUUUGAUCAUAAUUUGUGCAUCAUGGAACUAAAAUAAAAUGAAGUUAAUAUUAUAAGCACUCAUGUGCACAGUAUUCAUGAUUUUUACAAGUAUCACAGACCUUUGUUUUGCUACCAACAAGUAAACUUCGUGUUGGGGGUUCAAAUAAAUCGUGCUCAAUGUUGAUCAAUAAUAUGAAUCCUGUUUGUCUGACACAAAGGAACCCUUUAGUAUAUUUGGAUAUUUCGAUUGACGGAGAACAAGCGGGACGUAUUGUGAUCAAAUUAAGAAAUGAUGUGGUGCCAAAGACAGCAGAAAAUUUUCGAGCUCUAUGUACCGGCGAAAAGGGUAUCGGGGUCAAUGGGAAGCCGCUACAUUUCAAAGGCUCGAGAUUUCACAAAGCUGUCACCCAGUUUAUGAUACAAGGAGGUGAUAUUAUAAAUGGCGAUGGAAGCGGCGGCGAAAGUAUAUACGGACCCGUAUUUGAAGACGAAAAUUUUAAAUUAAAGCAUGAAGCCGGAGUCUUAAGUAUGGCGAACGUCGGCCGGCCUCACACUAAUGGCUCUCAGUUUUGCAUCACAACCGUCCCGUGCAACCACCUAGACGGGACUAAUGUAGUGUUUGGUGAAGUACUGGCCGGUAUAGGCAUAGUGAAGGAGAUACAACGCUUCGCCGAUGAAGAUCUAUGCCGCCCCAUGGUGGAAUGCGUGGUUCACGACUGCGGUGAGAUUAUAACCAGCGAUUGGGACGUUUGCUGCCGAGACGGGACCUCUGAUAAGCUGCCAGAGUACCCCGAAGAUUACAGGGAUGAAGAUAUUACAGUAGAACAACUAAUAUCAUCAAUUAGGGAUGUGAAAAACGCCGGUAACUGUUAUUUCGGCGAGGGACGGUAUAAGGCCGCAGUGAGAAAAUACCGCAAGUGCCUGAGGUAUCUAGACCAUGCCUUGUAUAGGAUAGAAGAAGUUAAGGACAUCGACACGAAGGAACAAAUACAAGAAAUUAGAACAACUUAUGUGUCUCAAUGUUAUUUAAACAUGGCGGCGUGUUAUAUGAAGUUAGAGGAUUAUAGAUCUACUAUUCAAUUCAGCACAGCGGUUCUAGAAAUAGACCCAAGAAAUGAGAAAGCUUUAUACAGGCGCGGGCAAGCUAAUUACGCACUAAAGAACUAUGACGAUGCUCUUAUGGACUUGAAACACGCGGACAAAGUGUCGCCCAACAAUAAGGCUGUGCAAAAACUCUUAGACGAAGUAAGGUUGACAAAUAAAAGUUAUAACGAAAUGCAAAAACAACGGCUGUCAAAGUUUUUUCGUGAGCAAAAAGAGGCGUUUAUCGAGAUCACAUGUGAGGUCGCAGAUCACUGAACUAAGACUGACGGUAGUUAUACGUAGGAUUAUGUAGACAAUACGCUUUUUGAGCGCGUUUAGAACGGCCACCGGGCGGUGUUGCUAGAUAAUAUCCGUUUUGAAAUGAAUAAAAUUUGUUUAUUAUUUUAAUCACGUUUUUAGAGAUGAGUCAUGACAGCUAUACUAUAGAAAUCAAAGCUUUAAGAUUAAAGUGUAAUAGCAUUUUACAUAACAUUGUUAUAAAUUAAAAAGGCGGGGAUUUUGCAAAUUAGUUGGGCAACAUCGGCUUUGGCGGCCGGUUGAUACGGAGAGUUAGUUAGAAUGUUUCAAAAAGGUACUAAUUUAGUAUGCCACGUAAGGCAUUAUGGUAGGAAUACAUAAAAUGCUGAAGGUAUUGAGUCUAUUUUUAGACAACUAAUUAAUUCCAUUCAAGGCAGUGAUUUUUUUGACGUAAUAUUGACUGAAAUUAAAUCGUUUUGUUUGUAGUUAGGCGCGUAUGUAUGUAUACCGUAAAUGAAGUAGAAUCAGAGAAAAUAUUUGCGAACAUAAAUCGUAUUAUUUUGGUGUCGUCCAAUUCUAGAGAAGAAUCACAAAAUGACAGUUGCAUUGGGUAUGUGUUAAUUGUAAUUAUGUUUAAGUUUAAAUUUCAAAGUUGAAAUAAUUUAAGAGGUGAAUUAUGACGUUUGACAUUCAGUUGUCAUGAUGACAUUGUGGUGUCUAUGUUGCAAAAAAUAGCUGUCCAAUCAAACAGGUAGCAUUUUAACUGUAUGACGCCAUUAAAUAACACGUCUAAUUUUAUACUGAAAUAAUUGAACUCAAAACGUGCAAUAUUAUAGCUGACUGAUUACAAAAACAACAGAAUGUAACUAUAAACGUCACUCAAUGAUAAAAAACCACACCAUUCUAAUUGUGCCAAGUUAUAUUCUAUGCCUUUCGUUAUCUGUCAUAACACACCUUUUAAAUUACUUUAAUUAUAAUGAUUAGACAUUGCGUAGUCUGUGUAUUGAAUGCAGGGGUAGUGGAAUGACAAUAUGCUUUAUUUUUAGGUUUAAGGUUUUAUCUGUGGUACCUUUUUUUGCUGAAUUGUGUAAUAAUUUUAAGUUAACGUUGAACUAGUGAUACAAUCAAUACUCAUACAUUCAAUUUAUUUGAGUAUCAAUAUGUAAUGUGUGUUAAUGACAGUCGUUAAUUUUAGACCCAUAACCUACAAAUUGGUUUAGGUAAUAUUAUUUUGAAGGAUCCGCCUUAAACAUCACAUAGUUAAUCAAUCCUACAAAUCAAUUUUACUAUUUUAAUUGUUUUAUAGAAAUGCGGUGUUUUAUAUAAAUUUAAAAAGUGCCUCAGGUAUUCACUACACAGACAGAGCUUUUUAUUGUAUAUUAUUAGCCGAAAGAAACAAGCUGUUAUGAGAUUUGAUAUUAGUAUUCUUAUACAGGGUGAAAUUAAUAACUUGCAUUGGUAAUUGAGUGAGUCACUUUGCGAGAUUUAAAUGUACCUUUUACCUAAUUAUUGUAUGGUAAUGUGAAUAUUCUGCUAAAUGUGAGUGCAUUUUUGUCCUUUUAUAUUGUAAAAAAUAAACACCGCAUCGAUUUUUCAGUAUAUAAUUGUGUCUAGUCUUGAUAUUAUCGGAUGUCAAAACAUUUUUGAAUUUACAGUAUGUUUGUGUAACGUUUAUGUGUAAGUGUAUUGGUCUAUUGUUAAUGAAAUAUUAAAUUUAAUCGGUCAUUUU